AUGCAUGUCGAUCUGGUGCCACUAGCUUCGACAUCUCAGAUAGAACGCACGCCUUCUGGAGGGGAUGGUAUACCUGCGGAUUUGGAGGAGGAUCUGAGGGCAUUUGGGUGCAAGCUCAUUCAUGAAGCCGGGAUAUUGCUGAAACAGUACGUCUUCAUACCCCAGCGCAACGUUUGUAGUCAAUCAAUUAUGAAACCCCUGGACAGAAAGCAAGUUGCUGUAGCCACAGCUCAAAUCCUGUUCCAACGUUUCUGGUAUGUAACUUCCAUGAAACAGUUCGGUAUCGGUGACAUCGGAAUGGGAGCCCUAUACCUUGCAUCCAAACUUGAAGAAUGUCCGCUCCGGAUGCGCGACCUCAUCAACAUCUACGACCUUCUUCUCCAACGCACAUCCCACACCCUCUCCUCGCCCCAAAACAAGGACACAUUCAAAUACGCACCGAUGUCUUACUUUGGCAACACCUUCUAUGAUCUCAAAGAUGCACUAGUCGUAGCUGAGAUGCAGAUCCUCAAGCGACUGGGGUUCAACGUCCACGUGGUCCUGCCAUAUGGCACGCUUAUAAACUAUCUCCGCGUUUUGGGGUUGACGAGCCGGAAGGAUGCUUGUGCGAGGGCGUGGGGGUACCUUAAUGAUGCCCUGCAAACGCCCGUUUACGCGUUAUACGCAGUCCCAACGAUAGUGAGCGCAGCUAUCCUCCUUGCUUCUCGUCAUCUCGACAUAUCACUGCCUUCUUCGCCACCUCAUUGCUGGUGGGACCUCUUUGAUGCGCCUUGGGAGGACGUGUGGAGCGUUUGUGGCUAUGUUAUGCGUUUGUAUCGCGAGCGCACACAGGAGGAGAGGAUGAGGGUGAUGAGAUUGGUGGGCAAGAAGGAUGUGAGGGGGUGGUUGGAAGAGAAUGCUGCUGUGCAAUCUUGA